CAAUCAAUUAUUUUCACUUCAUUCUACUGUUCUCUCUUGCACCCGUCUUGGCUUCAUCUUUCACCUGCCACUAAUGUGUACCUUCCAUGUCCAUGGACGCACUGGAUCAUUCCAUCGCGGAUACUACUCAGGAGAUGAUAUAGAGGAGAAGGAGUACGUUGGCUUCGCAACCCUCCCCAACCAGGUGCACAGGAAGUCUGUGAAGAAAGGAUUUGACUUCACCCUCAUGGUUGCAGGGGAGUCCGGCCUGGGUAAAUCCACUCUGGUGAACAGCCUGUUUCUAACCGACUUGCACAAGGACAGGAAACUGCUCAACGCUGAGGAGCGUAUCAGCCAGACAGUGGAGAUCACUAAGUACACCGUUGAUAUCGAGGAGAAGGGCGUCAAGCUGAAGCUAACUAUUGUAGACACACCUGGCUUCGGAGAUGCCGUCAACAAUACUGAGUGCUGGAGACCCAUCACAGACUACAUCGAUCAGCAGUUUGAGCAGUACUUCAGAGACGAGAGCGGACUGAACAGGAAGAACAUCCAGGAUAGCCGGGUCCACUGUUGUCUCUACUUUAUACCCCCCUUUGGACAUGGGCUGCGUCCUGUCGACGUGGAGUUCAUGAAGGCACUGCAGGACAAGGUCAACGUGGUCCCGCUCAUCUCCAAAGCGGACUGCCUCACGCCCACCGAGAUCCGGAAGCUGAAAGACCGGCUGAGGGAGGAGAUAGACAAGCUGGGGAUCAAGGUCUACCAGUUCCCCGACUGUGACUCCGAUGAAGAGGAGGACUUCAAGCAGAGAGACAGAGAGCUGAAGGAGAGCACUCCUUUUGCCGUGAUCGGCAGCAAUACUGUGGUGGAGGCCAGAGGUCAGAGAGUGAGAGGAAGGCUUUACCCAUGGGGCAUUGUGGAGGUGGAGAACCAGUCCCACUGUGACUUUGUCAAGCUGAGGACCAUGCUAAUCAGAACGCACAUGCAUGACCUGAAGGACAUCACCUGCGACUGUCACUAUGAAAACUACAGAGCCCAGUGCAUCCAGAUCAUGACCAGUAAGAUGAAUGCUGUCAACCGUGUUGAGAGCCCGAUCCCUAUCUUGCCCCUGUCUACUCCGGACGUGGAGACGGAGAAGCUGAUCAAGAUGAAGGAUGAAGAGUUGAGAAGGAUGCAGCAGAUGCUACAGAAGAUGCAGCAGCAAAUGCACGAGCAAGACCUGUGAUGCGUCCACUUCCUCGGCCUCACGCCCAACCACUGUUUACGUGGGCAGAGCUCCACAGGGCCCAUGCAACACGACCUGCCAUGUAUCAAUUCAUCUCCACCAGGAUGUCGGCGAGUUGACAUUGUCUCCGAUGGCCUGGGAUAACAGGCUUGGUUUCCUAAGAACAAAGAAAUAAUGUGCAUGUCACCUGUUUUCGGUAGAAAAAAACCCACAGGAUAAAUCCAGCACAGAACAGGGUCAACAGCUAUGGUUUUUUUUUUUUUUUCAACAAGCUUGUCUGUUGGAUCCAGUCUUUAGCCAAGCUUUGUAGUAUCUUUGUAGAUUGCACUUUGUUACCUUUACACAUCAGUUGUUGUUAGAUUUACUGAAGGGAAUGUGGUUUGUCAUUCAUGUAGAUUUGAGUACUUCCUAUGCACUAUUUGACCUACUAAGUCCCACAGUGAGCUUGUUUAUUUAUUGUAUAGUUAAUUUAUUCUCUUUUUGUCUGUUUAUUCCAUGGUGUUAGCCUGUGUGUGUGUGUGAUGAACAUGGUUGUGUGUGAGAGAGACAGAGACAAAAAAAGGGUGUGUUUGUGUCAGCAAAAAUUGUGUCAUUUUUUUGACCAGCAGAAUAGAAGCCAAAGUGAUGACAAUUAAGUUCUACAGGCAUUGUCUCUUUAACGUUCAAAGACUGCCUCUGAGGUUGACUAUUGGUUUAUGAAGCGUUGCACCACAAUCAAUAAUCUUACAAUUUGUUGCAGACAAACCAGUGAUGGAAUCUCAUAUGUUAUUGGCCAGCUACCAGACAUUAGCAUGGCACGCGUAUGAGUAUUGUACAUGGAUGUGAGGUUAUUUUGUCUGUUAAUUCAAAUAUUGUCAGCAUGUUGUUCACACAGUCGAGGUUACAGACAGUGACUCACAAUGCUCAUCAAUAAUAAAACCAAUGUUGUGACACUUUUA